CUGGCACCGAAUUUGGGUUUCAGAUAUUCCUUCAGUGGACUAGGAUUGUGAAUUUUUGAUUUGAGUUAAAGAGUGGAUUCUGUGUACAGAAUGUUUUAUGAGCCCGGGAUAACAGAUCACGGGCUUCCCAAUGACCCAUUCAAGGCCUGCGUGAUCCCCCGGCCAAUAGGCUGGAUAUCAACGCUCUCACAAAAUGGCACCGCGAACCUAGCUCCAUACUCCCAAUUCAACAACCUCACCUUCGACCCACCAUACGUCAUGUUCUCGGCGAAUCAAACCCCGACCACCGGUCAAAAAGACACAGUCCGCAACGUCGAGUCCACGGGCGUGUUCUGCUGGAACCUAGCCACCUAUGAACUCCGAGAGCAUGUGAAUUUAACGGCUGAGGGCGUUGGGAGCGAGAUCGAUGAAUUCGAGCAUGCAGGACUGGAGAAGGAAGACGCGAGAUUGAACUCCGUGGCUGUGCGAACCAAGGGAAAGGGGAUGGAGCGGAUGCAAGUACCCAUGGUAAAGCGCAGUCCGAUUAAAUUCGAAUGCACACAUUACUCAACCUUGCGACUGCCUGGGAAUCCGCCGAUGGGGUCUGUAGACGUUGUAAUAGGACGGGUUAUUGGGAUUCAUAUCGACGAACGCGUUUUGACGGAUAGGAGAAUUGAUGUAAGGAAAACGGUGCCGAUUGCGAGAUGUGGGUAUUAUGAGUAUGCAGCUGUGAGGGAGGUGUUUGAGAUGAUGAUUCCGGGAGAUGAUCCGGCGAGGUUUGCGGGGUUGGAGGGGAGUUCCAAGGGGAACAGGAAGAUAUGGGAUGAGAUGAAUGGGGAAGUGGAUGCGGGGACUGGGGUUGGAGCCCAGGAAGGGAAGGCUGAUGGGUAA